AUGAGAUUUCAGUUUCUCGAGAUUAUCACACGGCAGCUGCACGAGUUCACUCUCUAUGAGGACGGCAAUAUGCUUCGUGAACAUUCCUGCGUGGCCUCCACCACCACCCUCGCCUUCACCUUCCCCAACGUCCGCCUCCGUCGCUUCCGCUUUGCCAGUGCUGAGCUACACCUCACCCUCACCGUCCCGCCCUCCCUCGAGACUCUCUCAGUCGUGGCCAAACAGCUGGUCCUCUCCUGCAAGAGCAGUGCUGCUCUCGCUCUCCACCACCUCUCGCUGUACGGCAAGGAUCAGCUUGUUAUCUCCUCCCUCCGCCUUGCAUCCGCCAGGGUUGUCUACUUGGACGGACCUGCAAAAAUAACAGCCAACAUAAGGGAUCGGGAGCGGUUGAUGAAGGCGUUCCCCAAGCCUCCGUCCAUCCGCACUCCGAAACUGCGGUUUCUCUUCUUCCCCACCUGCAAGGCACGUAAUGAGCCUGCACUGGCUGCACUGCAGCAGGACUACCCCGCCCUGGCGCUCUACUGUGUGGUGGACCGCUCCUACUGGCAUAGGAAGGGCCAACCCGUGAUUAAUGGGCCGCUCGAGCAUGUGAGGCGGGCCAAGAGUGGGGUGUGGGAUGAAGAAGAGGGGGAGAAGAGGGCCAAGAAAGUGAAGGAGAAGAUGCACAGUGUAAACAGGAAGCUGGUGGAGGGGUAUUGUGCUGGGGAGGACCAGGUAUACGUGCUGCAGUAUCAGUAG